GAGUCGUACGCAGUUUUCCGUCGGAGCGGACGGGCUGGUUUGAUUUAUCGAUGCCUGGCCGAGCUGCUCAUCGACCGGCGCGGACGAGGAAGGGAUGCAGCGCCACUUCGGGUGCCCGGAGAGCGAAGCCCUCGGGGGCGUUUCGCCGCGGGUGAGCCUGUCCCCACGCGGGGCCCCUCCGCUCUGGGAAGCGCUUCUAACGGCGGUGUCAUCCUCUUCCCGGCGAUUUUGAAUCAAAGAUGAACUUAAUCACCUUUAUGUUACAUACACCAGUGAAAGAAAAACCAAGUGCUCUUUGCUGGAGUGUUACAGAUGUGCCCUUAUGUAGAAAUCGUAUAACUUAUUUGCACUUGUUAUUUGACCGGUGACUGGUGGCUUGUCUCCAUGGAUCUUUCAGGAUUGCCCCUUUGUCUCUGCAAAUACAAGGAUGUGUUGGUUGUGACUGUACUUGCGUUUGGCUUUGGGGAACAGAAUGCGCCAUGGGACAACCUCAAAGAUAUCUCUCCGGAUGGGCUCUCUUGCUUGGGUGAUGUGUCUGCUCUCCUGACUGUCUUCAUACCCAAAGGAUUUAUCUUCCAUUUGGAAAUAUUUUAAGUUGAAACUUUGUUCUUUACUGGAAACUGUCUACGCUAAAGACUGCAUGCAUCAUGGGUGACAUGGCAAACAACUCGGUUGCUUAUAGCAGCGUAAAAAAUGCUGUAAAAGAAGCUAAUCAUGGAGAUUUUGGAGUUACUCUUGCAGAACUCCGUUCUCUUAUGGAACUUCGAGCUGCAGAUGCACUGCAUAAAAUACAGGAAUGCUAUGGUGAUGUACAUGGCAUCUGUACAAGGUUGAAAACUUCACCAAAUGAAGGUUUAAGUGGAAAUCCAGCAGAUAUAGAAAGGAGAGAAGCAGUUUUUGGGAAGAACUUUAUACCUCCUAAAAAGCCAAAAACAUUUCUUCAGUUAGUAUGGGAAGCACUACAGGACGUUACACUAAUUAUAUUAGAAAUUGCAGCCGUAGUAUCCUUGGGUCUUUCUUUUUACCAGCCUCCAGGAGGAAAUGAAUCAUUAUGUGGAUCAGUAAAUGUUGGAGAAGAAGAAGAAGAAUCUGAAGCAGGUUGGAUUGAAGGAGCAGCAAUCCUCCUCUCUGUAGUUUGUGUGGUAUUAGUAACAGCUUUCAAUGACUGGAGUAAAGAGAAACAAUUUCGGGGAUUGCAGAGCCGUAUUGAACAAGAACAGAAAUUCACAGUUAUCAGAGGUGGCCAAGUCAUCCAAAUACCAGUAGCUGACAUAAUUGUUGGAGAUAUUGCACAAGUGAAAUAUGGUGACCUUUUACCAGCUGAUGGUGUACUUAUUCAAGGAAAUGACCUCAAAAUUGAUGAAAGCUCACUGACUGGGGAAUCUGAUCAUGUUAAGAAAUCUCUGGACAGAGAUCCUAUGCUGCUGUCAGGUACACAUGUGAUGGAAGGCUCUGGAAGAAUGGUGGUUACUGCUGUAGGUGUGAACUCUCAGACUGGAAUCAUCUUUACUUUACUUGGGGCUGGAGGAGAUGAAGAGGAGAAGGAGAAGGAAAAAGAAAAGAAGGAAAAGAAAAGUAAAAAGCAAGAUGGAGCUGUGGAAAACCGUAACAAAGCUAAAGCUCAGGAUGGUGCAGCCAUGGAAAUGCAGCCACUGAAGAGUGAGGAUGGUGGAGAUGGAGAUGAGAAAGACAAGAAGAAAGCAAACUUGCCAAAGAAAGAAAAGUCUGUUCUCCAAGGCAAACUCACAAAGCUCGCAGUUCAGAUUGGAAAAGCAGGUUUGUUGAUGUCUGCAAUCACAGUCAUUAUACUUGUGUUAUAUUUUGUAAUUGAUACCUUCUGGGUUCAGAAGAGACCUUGGCUUGCUGAAUGUACCCCAAUUUAUAUUCAGUAUUUUGUGAAGUUCUUCAUUAUUGGAGUUACAGUCUUGGUGGUGGCAGUACCAGAAGGUCUUCCACUUGCAGUCACUAUAUCUCUGGCUUACUCUGUUAAGAAAAUGAUGAAAGAUAAUAACUUGGUGAGACAUCUGGAUGCAUGUGAAACUAUGGGCAAUGCAACCGCUAUUUGCUCAGAUAAAACGGGAACAUUGACUAUGAACAGAAUGACAGUGGUCCAAGCCUACAUCAAUGAAAAACAUUAUAAAAAAAUUCCAGAACCAGAAUCUAUUCCAGAGAAAACUAUGGCUUAUCUUGUGACAGGGAUUUCUGUUAAUUGUGCUUAUACUUCCAAAAUACUGCCUCCUGAAAAAGAAGGUGGCCUACCACGUCAUGUUGGAAAUAAAACUGAAUGUGCCUUGCUGGGAUUGCUCUUGGAUUUAAAACGUGAUUAUCAGGAUGUAAGAAAUGAGAUACCAGAAGAGGAUUUGUACAAAGUGUACACCUUCAACUCUGUUAGAAAAUCGAUGAGUACUGUGUUAAAAAACUCUGAUGGCAGUUUCCGGAUAUUCAGUAAAGGUGCCUCUGAGAUAGUUCUUAAAAAGUGCUUCAAAAUACUGAGUGCUAAUGGAGAACCAAAGGUAUUUAGACCUAGGGACCGUGAUGAUAUUGUGAAAACUGUAAUUGAGCCAAUGGCUUCUGAAGGUCUCAGAACCAUCUGCCUGGCAUUCAGAGACUUCCCAGCAGGGGAGCCUGAGCCAGAGUGGGACAACGAAAAUGAUAUCGUUACUGGUCUGACCUGCAUUGCUGUUGUUGGGAUUGAAGAUCCUGUGAGACCUGAGGUACCUGAUGCAAUAAAAAAGUGUCAGCGUGCAGGCAUAACUGUACGUAUGGUCACUGGUGAUAACAUUAACACUGCUCGAGCUAUUGCAUUGAAAUGUGGUAUUCUGAAUCCUGGUGAAGACUUCCUUUGUUUAGAGGGCAAAGACUUUAACAGAAGAAUACGCAAUGAAAAAGGAGAGGUAAAUAGAGCAGAGCGAAUAGAUAAAAUUUGGCCAAAGCUUCGUGUUCUUGCAAGAUCUUCUCCCACUGACAAACACACUCUAGUAAAAGGUAUAAUUGACAGCACUGUCUUUGACCAGAGGCAAGUUGUAGCAGUAACUGGUGAUGGUACCAACGAUGGUCCAGCUUUGAAGAAGGCAGAUGUUGGAUUUGCUAUGGGUAUUGCUGGAACGGAUGUAGCUAAAGAAGCUUCUGAUAUUAUCCUUACAGACGACAACUUCACCAGUAUUGUUAAAGCAGUUAUGUGGGGACGAAAUGUCUAUGACAGCAUCUCCAAAUUUCUUCAGUUCCAACUUACUGUCAAUGUAGUAGCAGUAAUUGUUGCUUUUACAGGAGCAUGCAUAACACAAGAUUCUCCACUUAAAGCCGUGCAGAUGCUGUGGGUAAAUCUCAUAAUGGACACAUUAGCUUCUCUUGCCCUGGCAACAGAACCACCCACUGAAGCUCUUCUGUUGCGGAAGCCUUAUGGCAGAAACAAACCUUUGAUUUCUCGUACAAUGAUGAAGAACAUUUUGGGUCAUGCAUUCUACCAGCUUGUAGUGGUCUUCACUCUCCUGUUUGCUGGUGAGAAAAUUUUUGAUAUCGAUAGUGGAAGAAAUGCACCUCUGCAUGCUCCUCCUUCAGAGCAUUAUACUAUAGUAUUUAAUACAUUUGUGAUGAUGCAGCUUUUUAAUGAAAUUAAUGCCCGAAAGAUUCAUGGUGAAAGAAACGUUUUUGAAGGCAUCUUUAACAAUGCUAUCUUCUGUUCUAUUGUGCUGGGGACAUUUGUUGUGCAGAUAAUUAUUGUGCAGUUUGGUGGAAAGCCUUUCAGUUGCUCAGAACUCUCAGUUGAACAGUGGCUGUGGUCCAUUUUCCUGGGCAUGGGCACACUACUUUGGGGCCAGUUGAUUUCAACAAUUCCAACCAGCCGACUGAAAUUCCUUAAAGAAGCUGGUCAUGGAACACAAAAGGAAGAGAUUCCUGAAGAAGAACUAGCAGAAGAUGUAGAGGAGAUUGAUCAUGCUGAGAGAGAAUUGCGUCGUGGUCAGAUCUUGUGGUUUAGGGGCCUAAACAGGAUACAGACUCAGAUGGGAUGGUCCUUUCUCUUGUUCUCUCUCUCUCUUGCUGAGCAAGCUGUCACAAUCUCUGAUUCCUUGCAGAUGGAUGUAGUGAAUGCUUUCCAGAGUGGAAGUACCAUUCAGGGGGCUCUAAGGCGGCAACCCUCCAUCGCCAGCCAGCACCAUGAUAUCCGAGUGGUGAAUGCAUUUCGUAGCUCCUUGUAUGAGGGGCUAGAGAAACCUGAGACACGAAGUUCAAUUCACAAUUUUAUGACGCAUCCUGAGUUUAGAAUAGAAGACUCCGAGCCUCAUAUUCCCCUUAUUGAUGAUACUGAUGCUGAAGACGAUGCUCCAACAAAACGCAACUCUAGUCCCCCUCCCUCUCCCAACAGAAAUAACAAUGCGGUUGACAGUGGAAUUCACCUUACAACAGACAAGAACAAGUCUGCUACCUCUUCAUCCCCAGGGAGCCCACUACAUAGUUUGGAAACAUCACUCUGAUUGUAAGCUGAAUGUUAACACACUAGCUGCAUUGUAAAGAAAUUGAAACUGUGUCUCUUCACACAUUAUGAUGGACAAGAUGAUAUUCUUAUCUUGGACUUCAACAGAAGAAACACUUGUACGAAUGUAGAUUUAUUUUUUUAAAAAAAGCUUUCUGCCAGACUGGAGGGUGCUUUUCUGGGGGUGGGAGUAUUAAUGAACUCUGACAGAUAAACAGUAACUCAGCAUAAGUGACCUGUGGAUCAUCUGUUGUACUGAGAAUGGUCCUUAAGAGUAUGUUAGCAGAGCUUUAGUUUAUUGUGAUCCUUUUCUGAGGGGAAAGCUGGGAAGGGCAAGGAUGCCCUGGAUCAUUGAAUUGAUACUUUAAAUUCUGCUGUUGGCUGUUAAUAAUUUGGAUUAUUUAUGUUUAUAAAUGAUACAGAUCUGUUUACAAGGUUUGUAGAUACUUUUUUGUUCCUGUUUAUAGAUGGAAAGCUUCCUUAUAAAUGAUGCAGAGAAGACAAAAAACUAAACAAAAAAAACCCCAAAAAACUAGUCCUUCAAAUACUGCUGUAUUUUCAGGAAAAGGGUGUUUCUAUUGAAACUGUACUAAAUUUUGCCUGCAAUUUACCUUGUUAAAUAUUGUAGAUAUUUUGCAACUACUAAUAGCCAAAUAGGUAACACUAAUGCUUUGUAAAAACAUGAGCAGUGGUGUUCUAAUGAAGUUAUGGCCUCUGUCCUAAUUAGUUUCUAAAAUACAUUUACUACUUAAUGGUUUUGAAACAACUGUUUAAUUUUUAAAAAUUUUGAGAAACUUAAUGAAUAACUUUUGUUCAGAACUUAGUAGGAUUGUUUAAUGCAGGACAUCAAUAUGUGAUGGAACUUGCUUGAAAUAUUUCUGUUAUCUUGGGCAAAAUGGAUUAAAUCAAAAUACACCAGAAUCUUAGUCCUUUGUUUUUGUCUAAUCAUGUUAGUUUAGUGCUGUCUUGGUGAACUGUGAGUGGAACUGUGAUUAUUUUUUUUUUUUUUUUCUAAUCUAUAGAAUCCUUCAUGCAGCAUGAGGGCUGUUGGCAUUUUGAAAGGUUGUUAGUGGGUAGCAUACAUGUUCUACUUUUUGUUUUUGAAACUUGUUUGUAAACAUGAAUAAAUCUGCCCUUUUGUUAAAAUAAAA